CGAUGUACACCGUCUUCAUCCGGGCUUUCACGUUCAGGCAACGCCAUUUUGGUACGAGGAGUGUUCGUAAGCGGUAUAAUUUACCGUUGUUUUACAGUUUAGUCAGUCAUACAAUGGGAAGGAAGAAGAAGAAGCAGAGUAAGCCAUGGUGUUGGUAUUGCAACAGAGAGUUCGAUGAUGAAAAGAUUCUUAUUCAACAUCAGAAGGCAAAGCAUUUCAAAUGUCACAUCUGUCACAAAAAGCUCUACACAGGACCAGGUCUGUCCAUCCACUGUAUGCAGGUACAUAAGGAAAAGGUUGACAAAGUUCCCAAUGCAUUGCCAGGGAGAAACAAUAUAGAGAUUGAGAUCUAUGGGAUGGAAGGAAUUCCUGAAGAGGAUGUGAAGGAACAUGAGAGAAAUAAGUCAGGCAAACAAGCGGGGCUGAAAGAUGAUGAUGAAGACAGUAUGCCUGCUGCUCCCCCACAGUUCAACAACAUGGUUGGUCCAGGCCCCAGCAUGCCAUAUGGACCCCCAGGGAUGCCUCCACCUGGACCGAUGGGGCCUAUGGGUCCGAUGGGGCCAAUGGGACCUAUGGGACCAAUGGGACCUAUGCCGCCGAUGGGGCCAAUGGGACACAUGGGAAUGCCCCCCAACAUGCCUCCAGGAAUGGGCCCAAACAUGGGACCCAGGGGACCAAUGGGGAUGCCACCUCGGAUGUCUCAGGCAGGCCCAUCUCAAAUGGGGCCAUCAAAACCAUUGUUUCCAGCAGCAGCCCAGUCGAAGCCUUCCACUACGUCCAGUAGUUUAGGUCAACAGUCAUCCAACAUGGGCACAAUGAAACCUACAUUCCCUGCUGCAGCAACAUCAGGCAAUGCCAGUCUCUCAAGUGCUACUAUCACUGGGGCUCCUAUGAUUAAAAAACCAGAGUCUAGCUCAGGUUUGACUUCUAGGUUAAUGCACCCAGAUGAGGAUAUAUCACUGGAGGAGAGAAGGGCCAAUGUACCAAAGUACAAGCGAGGGGGACUGAGUGUGUCCCUCUCUGGUUCAAUACCCCCUCCUAUACAGCCUCCAAUGAUGGCCGCUGGUGGCAUGAUGCAAGCAGGUAAUGGUGGCAAUGCAAGAAUGAGGCCAGGACCAAUGAUGGGCAACUCUCCAAUGGGGGGCAACAAUGGUGGCAACUUCAACAUGGGCGGGUACCAGGGGGGUGGCGGCAAUAUGAUGCAGCAACCUCAACACAUGGCUCAGGGUGGGCGGUACUGACUACUCGGGGUGGGGCCUAGGUCUCAGUAUUGUUUUAAUUAUCAUCAUAACUCAUUGUCAUGUAAAAUAUCAUGUAUUCAUAAUGUGACACUGCCAAGCCAGAGUGACACUGCGAGAGGUAGGUCCUGACAUGAGUGUCAAGCUAGACUAAGUACUCUCCCGGUAAGUCACAUUGUUUCAUGUACAAAUGGAUUUUUUACUUUUGUCCGUCUCUUGAUCCACGAGUACUUGACAGGUUUGUAAUUGUAAUAAAAUGUGAAUAAAAAGUGUAUUUAAAUGGCUUGUGUUUGACCAUUUUAGCGCUAGUGCUAUGUUCCAGAAAUGGAUUUACCUGCACAAACUGGUUAGUACAAUUAACUUUCAUGGCUUUUAUGAUAUUCUUAGGUAAUUAUUUCUAAAUAUUAAAUAAUAAAACAAGAAAAUAAUUUAGAUCACUACUGGAUUCCACUGAAAGUACAUCUCUCUUCUUUUUUUUCCACACCUUAGAAUGUUCUCUAAUUAUUGGUCCAAAGUUCAGGUUAAAGAGAAUUUAUUGAUCGAAGAAGUUAACACGUCAUUGCUGUUAGAAAGGUUGACUAUUGAAGCUGGGUUCUGACCAGGAAGGAGGUUAGUUCACUGUGCUUGUGUGUGUCGGUGAUACUUUAAGUUGCAUUAAAACUUUCAUUUUGCAUGUCUGCUACUAGCACCAUCUUGAAUUUUGUAGAACUGGAAUUAACCUUGUGUAAAUUAUCUGUACUGAGAAUGGAUGUCUACCAUCAGUGUUCAAGGCAAGUGAAACAUCACAGCGACAGUAUUUGCCAGCUGUUGGGCUUUUCCUGGCCCCCAACUGCGGUUGGUGAUGUGUUUAUAUUCUCUCCAUAUUUGUAGUAUUAGGGCUGUUCAAAAUGGAUCACUAUCAGGCAAGUGGUCACAGCAGUACUUUGCUGUUGGGCUAAUAUUUUUAAGGCCCCCAACUAUAUUGUUGGUGACAAACAUUUUCUAUUUCAUUCAUUGAAAAAUCUUUAUGCAGAAAUAUCAAAUAUUUCUACAUACAUUUUCUGAACAUAAGAGAUGUUUCUACUGCAUGUUGUACAUGUUUUUAAGUACAAACUACUAGUGCAGGUAACACUCAGUAUUUUAGAAUUCUACUGUUUAUUAUUCAAAGGAAAUAUUUAAAAUGUUUGAAACUGCAAGCAUAACCAUAUUUUUCACAUUACUCUUGAAAGUUAACAUUCAGUGAGGUGUUUGGCUUCGUGUGACUAGAUCUUGCCAAAUUAUUGCUUUAUUCUUGAUCUUUAGUCACAGCGGUCAUAGCUGUUGGGCUUUCGUGGCCCCCAACAAUAUGUUGGCGACUUCCGUGCAUUGUUGAUCCAUAUCUUCUAAGUCUCGUCCUAGGGUUAAGCCGGAGAACCUCUAGGCUUCAAGAUAACGCUCCCAAGUAUAUUAUGACGACAGCUGUUAAAUAGUUCCACUAGCGAAGCAUGGACCAGAAUCAAAAUAGAUAAACAUGGUGAGUACCUCGGCGGUAGGUACUGCACUGGUAAUAACUUGAAUAGUUGCUGUUAUUUAAUAAGCACCACAAGAAGCUUCAUUGUAUAUGGACUCCACCACAACUAAAAUGGAUGAAACACAAUAACAAUGGUUGUAUUGCCUAUUUUGAUAAAAAUAUGUUCUAACUUUUACUGAUACAUUACAAGUAGUCAGCUCAGUUCAAGUCACUUAAGAUACAGUUAGGAAUUUCAUAUAUGCAUCAUUUAUUAACAGGGGGGUGAGGGGAAGAACAUGACAAUACAUGUAAGCUCUUACAUCGAUGUGGGACAAUAUGGCCACAAUCAAUCUACAUGGGUGCUGAGAGGUUUCAACUUGCAUUCAUGUAUAGAUGCACUACACGUGCUACAUACUGUGGCUGUGCGUCAGUAUGAGGAUUGGUGCGAGCAGGUCAAAGCAACCCAGGAAAAAGUGUCUGGUUUAUAUGGUGCUCAUGACUCAAGAUUCCUUUAUCCUGAAUAAUGGCAUUUCUAUGAGGCCAAGCCAAGAAUCUAGCAAGGAUGUGCAGAGCAAACAGUAUUGAUGUGACACUCAAAGGAUGAUUUGUGUGUUGCAUGUUUGUUUUCUGAAAGAUGUUUUUGGGAAGUCAUCUGAAUGUCAGAAAGCUCUGGUUGUCUUCAUGUGGAGGAACCCUUCUUUGAGGUUACAAGAGCCAUUGGAGAGAAUAAGUCUACGAAAGAAUCAUGUUUAAGAUACUGUGAGCCGAAUUGGAUGAAAUGAAUUUUGCCCCAGAUUGAUUUGGCGUUGAUUGAUGCUCAUGUCAAUCACUGGCUUGUCUGGUCCAGACUCGGUUAUUUACAGACCGCCGUCAUGUAGCUGGAAUGUUGCUGAGUGUGGUGUUAAACAACAAACAAACUACAAAGGAUUUGAGGUCACUUGUCAGCACCAUACCUGUGCUCGUGGGUUUCAUCAAAGUGGUAAAGGUCUGAGACCUGCAUCACUUCGGGCUUUCCUCCCACAUUAAGCUGACAUGCCGUGAUAUAACUGGAAUACUGUUAAAAGCGGUGUGAAACCCAACUCACUCACUCACUCCUUUUUUUUUCCACAUUGAAUUCCACCUAGAGACUUCACAAUUGGGUUUUAUGCUGGAGAGCCCUUUUGUAUGUUCUCAAAUAUGACACCUGAUGUUACUGAAAUUUACUGUCGAGGUUAUACAUAAAAUGAUAUGUUCACAAUCAACUCAAGAAGUGUUGACUGUAUUAAGAUGAAAUCUGGUACAUAGAUUUCUUAUAGUGCCACAUUGAAGUGGGAAGGUUUUGAGUGACCUUCAUGUAAGUUGAAGGUCACUGGAAUGGUCCUUCUUAAUGUAUUUCUGCUUCUGUGUGUUCUGAACCAAUAAGGUAGCUGGAGGCAUGGGACUUUGUUUCAAAGUUGCAUUGGGUACAUUUUGUCCCAAACUGGAAGUUGAGUUAUGAAAGUACAAAGUUGUAUGAAUCAGACAAGGGAUUGAAGAUGAAAAUUGGGUGUGGUCAGCUGUCUUUAAAAAGUGAAAAUGGUUGUUCAUGCCAUUCUGGUGGGAAGUUGAGGAGUGUUCAGGAAAAGGAGUUGGGCUGCUGCUAUUUUUCCUUGCAGUACAAACAGCUUUCUAGUUUGUUUUCUUUCAUUGUUUGGAGAAUACAAAGUCGGAGAUGUUUGGCAUAUAUGCAUUGUAUAUGUGUAUGGUAUAUAUGAGACAAACAGUUCUUUUCUGGAAGUGUAGAUCAUUUAUACAGUUAAAGAUGUAUUACCUGAAUUCUUUGUGAACAAUAACUCAACAUUAUUAUGCAGGAUACCACAUUCAAUAAAUACAGUAUUCCCACUGGAGAAAUCAGUGAUCAUCUGUCCAUUCAAUAAAUUGUUAUUCAUCUUGACAUGUCGUGUAAACAUUGUUAUUUUUAAGUCAGAAAUGUUGAAAUAAAAACAUAUGCCCAACUA